AUGGCUGCAUUACUGCAAGCCCGAGCGGAAAAGACCGCUCAGCUUUACGAGGACCCGCAUAAUCCGCACCUCUACCUCGAACGAGCCUGCCUUCAUGAGCAACUUGGCUUCCCCGAUCUGGCUGCUGCCGACGCCUACCGCGCACUGUCGUUGCUGGAGUCUGUGGUAGAUCCCGAUAUGUAUGAAUUUCACGCCAGACGCAAAGUUGACAGUACUCUUCAAAACCAGACCCACCGGGACGAAGACAAGAACACCGCCGAGGAUAGCGGAGAGGAUGAAGAGGAAGGGGAGCAAGAUCAGAGUACCGUCUCAGUGACGGAAGAAGAAUAUAAUACCCUAAUUGGAGAGGUCUACACCAUUCUUGUGUGUAGUUUGGUCCGCUGUGGCUGCUACCGCGAUGCCUAUGAGUUUGGGGUUCGUGGCAUUGAACUUCUCGGUGACCUGGACACAGGCAAGGUCAAUAGUACCACAACUUCUACAAUUUUACAUGACCAAAUGGAUCAUGUGAAGAAGGUGUAUCAGUCUCGUGCCACAUUCAACGAUGAGGUGGCUUUAGAAUCAAUCGACCCCGCCGUCCUACCGGCGCAGGGCUUCGCGCGUCGCGUCCUUUAUCCCUGGAAUGAGCAUGAACCAGACCGUUGCGCUCCAGAAGAAUUGGAUUAUCUCAACAAAAGACUGGCAGAUGUUGCUCCAAAAUGUGAAGUCCGCGCUGUGGCGUUGCCGGCACUUCAUGGUGCCACAGCAAAUGACGAUACUGGAGUCUCGGUGCAACUGGGUCUCUUCGCUAAAGAGGAUAUCGCAGCGGAUGAGGUUAUUCUAAGGGAAUCAUCGCUUUUAACCGCAACAAAUCGUCUCCAUGAUGAUCUCUGUGAUGCGUGUAAUGCGCCUUUGCCUGAUCUCUCGGCUGCUGAACCUCCUGUUGCGUGCGAGGAAGGCUGCGCGGAUACUAUUUUCUGUAGUCAGGCAUGUCACGACACUGCGCAAAAGGUUUACCACGGCGCAAUCUGUGGCCUGGAAGAUGGUCUAGAGUCUAUCGGGAAGGACAUCCCUGACCCGAAGGAUAAAGCAGACUGCUUGUAUUUGCUUUUACUUGGUCGGGCGUUGGCUAUGUCUGCGACCCAGGACGUGCAUCCGUUGGAUCUGCCCGAAGUCAAGUACAUAUGGGGUGAUUUCCAUGAAUAUGAUAUCGAGCAAUCCGGCUCUGAAGUGGCCUCUCUGCCCUUCUCAUUCCAACUCAAUAUACUGCAGCCAAUGCGCUUCCUCGAGGAAAUGGAAAUCGAUCCCUAUGAGUCUCUUCCGCGCUACGACACCUGGGUUUUGAAUACCCUUUAUGCCAAGUUCCGGGGUACCGCUUCUGGCCGGCUGUCGACAUGGGAUGGUGGUCCUGAGCUGUGUGCCGUGCAUCCGCUAUGGUGUUUAGCAAACCAUUCCUGUGAUCCCAGUGUCCGAUGGGAAUGGGGUGGAGAGAUUACUUUCCGAGCACGGAAUGACCAAGAGACGGCUGUCUGGACGAGAACUAGACCUGACGGGUAUGUCGAGAUGAAGGACGCCAAGGCUGGGGGUAUUGCGAAGGAUGCAGAGAUCUUGAAUCACUAUUGCGAUAUCGGGCUGCCAGUGGAUAAGCGGAGAGAGUGGGCGUCUGGUGCUUUGGGUGGAAACUGUCGAUGUGAUCGGUGUGUAUGGGAGGCGCAUGAGAUUUGA